AUGGCAAUGCACGAUUCGGCAUUACUGAAUGCUCUGAUCGCGUGGUCCUCCUCUCAUCUUUCGUUGCGUGACAAGGCUUUCCACCAAGUCGCCAUGCAUAAUCGGCUGGCGGCCCUUCGGGAUCUGCGUCUGUCUCUCCAGUCCAGUCCUGAAAAUGUGGAGAUCAAUCUUGCUAUUACGUUAGUGCUUUGCUCUAUGGAGAGCAUCAUGGCAGAUAACGACAAAGCAUGGUAUCUGCAUCUGAUGGGCGCGGCUGGUAUUAUCUCAUCUCGCACGUCCAUUGAGCCUGGAAGUGACUUGCAAUCUUCACAGCUUCUUCGAAGCUUCGAGGAUGCUACCACAGGUCGAUGGCUUUUACGCAACUUUGCAUAUCAUGACCUCUUAAUGGCAGUAGCCUUGGACCGGAUGCCGCUCCUACCUUCUCAUCUGUUUGUCCAGCUUGACAAAGGACCAAUGGCUGAUUCAUACUUUGGCCUGGCUUCCGAGAUUCUGGAAAUUCUAUACUCGAUCAUCGACCUGAACGCCAAAGUCAAAUCCUUGAAACCCCAAACAUCCAACGAUACAAAUGCCACCCCCAUCUCUAUUCCCGACAUAUCAACAACUUUCAAAUCCCUCGAAUCCCGUCUGAAGGCCUGGACCUGCCCAUCAUCAAAUGACACGUCCUUAAUAUUGCUAGCUGAAUCAUACCGCAGUUCAGCCCUUCUAUAUCUGUACCGAGUGGCCCGUCGAGGCCUCCCCAACCAGGUAGACAGCCUGUCUCUCAAAAUCACUCAUGAGGUGGGGGAAAUGGUGGCCAACAUCGAUAAAAUGCCGACUCGAAGUCUCCCUGAAUGUACAUUACUAUUCCCAAUUUUCCUCGCAGGAGGCGAAGCCACCGAAGAAACGCAUAUCAAAAGCAUCCAGCACAAAAUGCACGAUAUGAUCGAGUCUCGCGGAUUCCGAAACGUCGAAGUAGCACUCGGAGUUCUAGAAAAGCUAUGGCGCUUGAACCUCGAACGCAAGACCUCACAAGUGAAAGGAACAGUGGACUGGCUGGACAUUGUACAACAAGACGGAGUGUUACUAUCACUCUCAUAA